GCUCAGAAGAUCUUGGAGGCCAAAGCCCAUGAAAUGGAAUUGCGGGUGCAGAGACGUAACCAGCUGAUGAUCCGCAUUCUGAUGAUGCCCGUCCGAGCAGUUACCUACAUUGGCUCAUGCUUCCUCGCCUCGCCUAUGGCGCGACAGAUAUGGCUUUAUGCUACGCUGCUGGUUUGUCUCUUCGAGUUGUGGAGUUGUGCGCUGUUCUGGGCUUUCUCGCGAGAUCCGAACAAGCUUUAUGUGUUGGAGAUGCUCCUCCACUUGGAUCACUGGGCGAACGCAUGGUUCCUGGUGGAUGCCUUGCUGCAAGCAUUGGACAAGAUACGAGGUGGCGAGGUUCAAGAGCCCAGCGAUGGCAACUCGAUCAUGAGGAAGGUGGAUCGACAGCAGCAGCUGACACAGAAAGCAAGGACUUUGUUCACACGACUGCCUGGGUUCUCGUCCUGCAGCUCCGAAUUCUUGCUUAAAAUCGUCGACGUCGGAUCGGUGGUCUCCAAGAAGAAGGGGGAGGUGCUCUACUCUGAACACGAUGACAACACGAGCUUGUUCUUGAUCCUGGAGGGAGAAGUGAUCUUCCGCGACGGUAGCCGCGUGACAUACAUUCGUGAGGGGGGGACUCUGGGCGAGUUCAAGGUCUUUGACCUCGAGCAGGCCAACACGGAACAGCGAGUGGAGGUCGUCACGGACUGCGAGGUGUUCGAACUCCCUGAGGCGGCCAUGAAGAGGUUCUUGGAAUACUCUCCUGCAGACAGAAGCAUUCUGACAGAGUUCUACAAGGCCAAGCUCCAAGAGCUGGAGACUGAUGAUGUGCGCAGUUGCAGGAGAUCGAUGAUAAAGCUGUUCCGAUCCAUCGCCAAGUUCUUCACAAGUGGGGUGCAGAAAGCAAGGGCCAUUUGGCUCCAAGCCGUCUUCGCUGUGUUGCUCAUCGUGGUUGGAAGCUUUGCACAUGGGCUGGUCCUUUCGAGGCUACGAGAAAUGGAGGGGGAGGCCAACAAGGACCGGUGCCCACAUGACACGGAACAGCUUUGGAUUCUUUGGAUCUCCGGCUUCUGCAGUGAAGCACCGCACCACGAAAGCACACUUGUAUGUGACUGUGAUGUUCCCUGUUCUUAUUGUUGGCACGACCGAUGA